CAAGUCGUUAACUGGACUUUAAAUUGAGGAUCUGGCCAUAAAACUAUUAACUGCUAAUCAAGUGGAAGACCACACACACACAUAAAUAAUACAGUAUUAUAACUGUAGCAUACCGUCGACUACACGUGACUGUGGAGAGCUUUAACUGUAUCCACCCGGGAGCCAGAGACCAAUCAAUGACGUGUUUCCGAAGCGUCGAUUUACCGACGUGUUUACAGACGGAAGAAGGAAAAACAACUUUAUAUCGGAGUUGUCUCGAGAUGGCUAUGCAUUUUCAUGGCAUAAGGCUAGUAAUCAUAUCAUUUCUCCAUUGAAUACAGACGGUCGACGUAAACAACCCUCGUCGAAUAUUCAAUGCUGGAUUACAAUAAUGAGAUGCAUCCACCAAUCCAAAGAAAGGAAAGGCGGAAGUUAGGCAGCCCGGUGAGUCGCUUUGUGGACAACGACUCCCAUCGUUAGGUCCGGAGAGACAUAUAUAAACCUGUCAGUAUAGCCAUAAUCUUUGAUAAUAAAAGUAAAUGAACAAAGAAGUAGACCAGACCCAGCUGCUAUUGCAUUUGGUGUCUAUAAGAGACAUCUCGUUAAGUAGACCGGAACUGACCUUUUUUGUUGUUGUUGUAAACGGCGAGUGAACCAUCUUAAUUUAUCCACCAUCUUUGGUGUGUUCAGGAGGAAGUGGAACAUGUAAACACACAACAAUGUCAGCCGUAGACCUAGUGCUCUGCAGCCAGACCUUACUUCUGCACAGUUAUCAAGCUAUAUCAGACCCAUAUCCAUCCAUACAGAACACUUGUCGGCUCUGCGGUCAAAAUCUGCUCAUCAAGGGGACAUUACAGGCAACACGAAGAAUAUUUGACAAGCCUAAAGCCUCAAAGGAAAAAAGGUUAUGUGAUAGAUUCCUUGCCACCGGUUUAGUGCUAACUGAAGCACCAGGGGUGAAAUCGGGCAGAAUUUGUGCAAAGUGUUAUAGACUAUUUCUCAGGAUAGAGGAAUCUGUAAGCGUUUUAAAGAAAUGGCAAUCGGAGCAUCAGACACCGGGGACGAGCAAGAAGAGGAAGCGUGAACGGGAACCGAGUCCAUCUGAAACAGACAAGGGAGCCAAGAAGACAUCUGAACGGGAACCGAGUCCAUCUGGAACAGACAAGGGAGCCAAGAAGACAUCUGAACGGGAACCGAGUCCAUCUGGAACAGACAAGGGAACCAAGAAGACAUCUGAACGGGAACCGAGUCCAUCUGAGACAGACCGGGCUGCCAAGAAGACAUGUCCUCCCUAUAAAAAGGUUCCCCCGAGGAGCAGUCUUGUCGAGGUUGUCAUAACAUACCCUAACCAAUUGGAUCCAAAGCUGAAAAAGAGGGUUGAGAAGGUUUCAUCCGAAUUUUCCGGAAUGGUUGAAAACUUGGCAAAAGGCAAAUUGACGACAUUUGUCAGGUUAGCCUUGACGAAUGAAACCAUGUGUCAAGAAAUCAGAAAGCAGAUGACACAGAAAAUAGAAGCAGAGGUCAAGGCAUAUGCAAGACCCUUAAAUUACCUGACUUGUGCUGAACCUUGCAUCUUGAGUAGUACCUCGUUGGAGAAUAUGAAGUGUUUUUCAUACAAAGCGUUGGAUGAUGAGUUGUCCAGGAAGACACCAUGGCUUUAUACCACCAUCAAUACUGCAACAGGUGGAUCCACCAUCCAUAACUGUGUAGCCGCCUCUGUGGCCCUGAGAGGUAGAAACCCCAGGCUUUCUGCACUGGCCUAUGUCAUCAACUCCACACUGACCCAAGGAGGGGUUAAGCCCAUUUUCAAAAGACUCUCUAAGAUGGGCAUAACAACCACACACAGCAAUGUCCUAAAUAAGCAGAAAGAGAUGAAGGCAGCUGGGUACAACAUCAACAUCAAAUGCUGGAGGGAGGACUGUGAGCUGUUUUUCCAACAUAGUAUCAACGGUGAAGUCUGCCCACGACCACCUCCUACUGCUAAACCGACAGAGGAGACCGGAAGAGAGGAAGAAGAGGAGGAGGACAAGGGUCCAGUGGAGGAUGAGUUUGAAAUAGAGCUGGACUGGGGUCCACUGGAGGAAGAGGGUGAAGGAGAUGAGGAAGAGUGGAGUCCACUGUCAGAAGAGACAGAAAGAGAGGAGGACAGAGGAUCUACAGUGGAGGAAGAGAGAGGAGAGGAGAAAGCCCGGGGUUCCCUGCUAGGAGAGACAGAAAGAGAGGAAGAGGGACAAACAUUAUCAGCACUAGAAGGAAAUGACAGACAGGAAGAGGAUUCUGAUUCAACAGUGGAUUCAGAGACUGAAUACUUUGGAUUAAACCUCACCUGUGAGAGUGAUUAGAGAAGUAGCCUAACAAAGAGUCUGUAGAUUACAGAUCUAGACCUGGGCUACAUCUCUGAACAACAAGGGACUAAUCAUAGAAUACAUCCCAAAUGGCACCCUAUUCCCUUUAUAGUGCACUACUUUUGACCAGGGCCAUUUGGGACAGAAUCAUACAGUGAAAUUACUCAUGUUGAGGGGGGUCAGGAUGUGAGGUCUACUGUUCCUGGUGUGUUGAGGGGGUCAGGAUGUGAGGUCUACUGUUCCUGGUGUAUUGAGGGGUCAGGAUGUGAGGUCUACUGUUCCUGGUGUAUUGAGGGGGUCAGGAUGUGAGGUCUACUGUUCCUGGUGUAUUGAGGGGGUCAGGAUGUGAGGUCUACUGUUCCUGGUGUGUUGAGGGGGUCAGGAUGUGAGGUCUACUGUUCCUGGUGUGUUGAGGGGUCAGGAUGUGAGGUCUACUGUUCCUGGUGUAUUGAGGGGUCAGGAUGUGAGGUCUACUGUUCCUGGUGUGUUGAGGGGGUCAGGAUGUGAGGUCUACUGUUCCUGGUGUAUUGAGGGGUCAGGAUGUGAGGUCUACUGUUCCUGGUGUGUUGAGGGGGUCAGGAUGUGAGGUCUACUGUUCCUGGUGUAUUGAGGGGUCAGGAUGUGAGGUCUACUGUUCCUGGUGUGUUGAGGGGUCAGGAUGUGAGGUCUACUGUUCCUGGUGUAUUGAGGGGUCAGGAUGUGAGGUCUACUGUUCCUGGUGUAUUGAGGGGUCAGGAUGUGAGGUCUACUGUUCCUGGUGUGUUGAGGGGGUCAGGAUGUGAGGUCUACUGUUCCUGGUGUGUUGAGGGGUCAGGAUGUGAGGUCUACUGUUCCCGGUGUGUUGAGGGGGUCAGGAUGUGAGGUCUACUGUUCCUGGUGUGUUGAGGGGUCAGGAUGUGAGGUCUACUGUUCCUGGUGUAUUGAGGGGUCAGGAUGUGAGGUCUACUGUUCCUGGUGUGUUGAGGGGGUCAGGAUGUGAGGUCUACUGUUCCUGGUGUGUUGAGGGGUCAGGAUGUGAGGUCUACUGUUCCUGGUGUAUUGAGGGGGUCAGGAUGUGAGGUCUACUGUUCCUGGUGUGUUGAGGGGGUCAGGAUGUGAGGUCUACUGUUCCUGGUGUGUUGAGGGGGUCAGGAUGUGAGGUCUACUGUUCCUGGUGUGUUGAGGGGGUCAGGAUGUGAGGUCUACUGUUCCUGGUGUAUUGAGGGGGUCAGGAUGUGAGGUCUACUGUUCCUGGUGUAUUGAGGGGUCAGGAUGUGAGGUCUACUGUUCCUGGUGUGUUGAGGGGUCAGGAUGUGAGGUCUACUGUUCCUGGUGUGUUGAGGGGUCAGGAUGUGAGCUCUACUGUUCCUGGUGUGUUGAGGGGGUCAGGAUGUGAGGUCUACUGUUCCUGGUGUGUUGAGGGGGUCAGGAUGUGAGGUCUACUGUUCCUGGUGUGUAUUGAGGGGUCAGGAUGUGAGGUCUACUGUUCCUGGUGUAUUGAGGGGUCAGGAUGUGAGGUCUACUGUUCCUGGUGUAUUGAGGGGGUCAGGAUGUGAGGUCUACUGUUCCUGGUGUGUUGAGGGGGUCAGGAUGUGAGGUCUACUGUUCCUGGUGUAUUGAGGGGUCAGGAUGUGAGGUCUACUGUUCCUGGUGUGUUGAGGGGGUCAGGAUGUGAGGUCUACUGUUCCUGGUGUAUUGAGGGGUCAGGAUGUGAGGUCUACUGUUCCUGGUGUAUUGAGGGGUCAGGAUGUGAGGUCUACUGUUCCUGGUGUAUUGAGGGGUCAGGAUGUGAGGUCUACUGUUCCUGGUGUGUUGAGGGGGUCAGGAUGUGAGUACAGUGUGUGUUGAGGGGGUCAGGAUGUGAGUACAGUAUAUUGAGGGGUCAGGAUGUGAGUACAGUGUGUUGAGGGGGUCAGGAUGUGAGUACAGUAUAUUGAGGGGUCAGGAU